AUAUUCAUCCUCACAAUCAUGGCAAGCAUCCCUAGCAUUCCAUCUCAUAUAAAAGCAUGGGUCUACUCUGAAUAUGGGGAAAUAGAAGAAAUUCUCAAGCUUGAUCAUAAUGUAACUACACCACACCUUAAGGAAGACCAGGUACUAAUCAAGGUUGUGGCUGCAUCCCUUAAUCCUGUUGAUUUUAUGACGGCUCUUGGGGAUUUUAAGGACACUGCCUCUAUUUUACCCACUGCACCAGGGUACGAUGUUGCUGGUGUGGUGGUAAGAGUGGGAAGUCAAGUGAAGAAAUUUAAAGUUGGUGAUGAAGUUUAUGGUGAUGUUAAUGAGAUUACAUACCAUCAAAAGAUCAUUGGUUCUUUGGCAGAGUAUACUGCUGCUGAAGAAAAAGUAUUGGCUCAUAAACCCUCCAAUUUGAGCUUUGUUGAAGCUGCUAGCCUCCCUUUAGCAAUCAUUACUGCUUAUCAAGGACUUGAAAGAGUUGGGUUUUCUGCUGGCAAAUCUAUACUUAUUCUUGGAGGUGCUGGUGGAGUUGGAACCCUUCUUAUUCAGGUAGCCAAGCAUGUUUUUGGAGCAUCCAAGGUUGCUGCUACUGCUAGUACUGCAAAACUUGAAUUGUUGAGGAGCUUGGGAGCAGACUUGGCUAUUGAUUAUACAAAGGAGAAUUUUGAAGAAUUGCCAGAAAAAUUUGAUGUAGUGUACGAUGCAGUAGGGCAGAGUGAGAGGGCAUUGAAGGGUGUUAAAGAAGGUGGCAAAGUUGUGACAAUAGCUGAAAAGGGAAGUCCAGCUUUCUUUGUCCUCACUUCAGAUGCGACUGUGUUGGAGAAACUACAACCUUAUUUGGAGAGUGGCAAGGUGAAGCCAAUUCUUGAUACCAAGAGCCCCUUUCCAUUUUCUCAGACUGUGGAAGCAUUUUCCUACCUCAAGACUAAUAAAGCAAUAGGCAAAGUUGUCAUAAGUCCCAUCCCAUGCCAUGACCAUAAUUAUUUAAUCAUAUCAAUUUCUCUGGCCUUCAUUUAUGCUGUUUUGUUUUGUCUAUCUGAGACACAAAUUGUAAUAAAUCUCUUAAGAGAUGUGGUUGUUACUUUUUAUAAUUACCCAUGUUGUUUGUGUUCUGGCUACACAAUAGGCCAUUAUGGUACGUUGUUCAACAUCUUAUAA